GGUAUGCUAGUCGCUUCAAUAAGGCUUGGUCAGGUGACGGAAGCCGUCGCAGUCCAGAUGGGUCACGCUAAGACCCUCCUGCCUCUGCUCACUCUCCUGGGUUUCUUCAAGGACGAGCUGCCUCUCAACGCCAGCAACUACGCCUUGCAGCAGGACCGCGCAUUCCGCGUCAGCCGCUUCAUGCCCUACGCUGCCAACCUGCUCUUCGUGCUGUACGACUGCCCUGAGGGGCUCAGGCUGCAGGCCCAGCUCAACGAGAAGCCGCUUUACUUCCCCAACAUCCAGCACCGUGCUCCUCUGUAUCAUACAGUCAAACAGGCUUACCAACAGCUUCUGCUGGGCUGCAGCUUCAAGCAAGAAUGUGAACUGCCCUCACACAUCUGAAUAAAAAUAAUAAUAAUGAUGGUCA